AUGUGGCAUAUUCAAAAACUACUCUUAAUAUUCACUUAUAAUUAUUUAUCCUGGGCAACAAUAGACUUAAACAUUGCAGAAUUUCAGUAUUUAGCAGAUCACUUACAUCCGGAAGAGUGCAGACGACUAGUCGCCUCCUUACACUUCAGCUCCUACAAGGAACCUAAAGCGCUCGAUGUUGCCGAAGAAAACGUGUCCAAAGACAUACCGUGCAUUCGACUUUUACUACACUGGAAUUCGCAGAAGGGCGAAGGAAAGGGGGAGACGCACGAAGUUGUCCAGCACCGUUUGCGUCAACUGGGACGGGCUGAUUUAGCAGACUGGUUAGGUAAGACCGUAUUUCACGAGCUGGGAGAGGAGCUAAUGGAAGAACUAAAAAACCCGUUUGACACUGUCAUUAACGUGACAGAGCGUCAAACGUACAGAAUGCCCCAAACUUUAAGUACAGAAUACAAGUGGGAUCCCACCGAAUGGCUUGCCUUUGACACAAUUUGCUGGGCAGUCAUUAUUGGACUCACCAGCUUUGCAUUUUUUCUGCUAAUCAAAGCUGCUUUUAUAUUAUUCAUGCGUAAAAUCCGAAGGUUUCCCCCAAGAAAGUACAGAACACUACGUACCGACGAAGGCUCAGACUCUGAAGAAUUAUUCGAUAUAAGAACGCAUAACAAUAAUCCUUAA